AUGGCCGAGGCAGCGGCACGACGCGAGGACAAAGCAGCUGAAAAUGCAUGUUUGGCACGAGCCGAAGCUUUGGUUCGAGCGGUGUCCACCAACUACACCAUCCUGGACUGGCUGAGCACGCAGUGGCCUACCUUCAGGAUGCUGCAUCGGAUGCAGUUCGAUUUGCUCCCUGAUGAAGCAGCUGCAGCUGAAGGCUUCUGGUUGCAAGCCGACCUUGUCCCGGAGGAUCCUGACACUGGUGGGCCAAUGAAAUUUGCAUUCAACAAAGGCUUCGUGAGGCCCGACGCUUUGUACAUUGAUGUCGCGGCUGACAUAGUCGGUACAGACAUGCUUCGCACGCUGCCGGCGUUCUUCGGCAUGCGCGCGGCGCGCCCGGGUGAGAGGUGGAAUGUGGGCCUUGCAUACACUUCGAAUGAUUAUGGCGACCUGGUUCCAUCCAAGGACCUAUGGCGCCUCCGGGCUACCAGGCAGAAGCUCGUCUUCGUCCCGGACCUUCAAGAGGUCAUCGGGGAGAAGGAUCAGCAAUGCCGCGCGUACUACGACGCGCUCGACACAUGGCAAGUGAGCAAGAGCCUGGCCAAUGAGGUGGGCGGCAUGCCAAAGUGCUUCGACAUGCCCGGCGCUGCAGAAGAGCUGCGCGCUUUUGCCUCGGAGACACCGCGGCAGGACGGAUUGAUGGCUUUCGUGCGCAAGCCUGAAGGUGCAUGGGGCGGCCGGGGUAUCGAGAUCCGCUUCGGAGUACACCACCUUCUUGGAGAUGCCGAUGCUCCACUCACUGCUGGAGGUGCGUGCGACUUCAUUCCGCUGGAGGAUGCUCAGUGCCUGGGUCUCGACGCGGGCCCGGAGGAAUCCUCAGAGUCCUCCUCUUCCUGUAGGGAGGCCUGCUGUGCUUUGGGCAGUGCCUGUGAAGCCUGGAACUGGCGCGACUACGAGGGUUGCUGGGUCGGGAUCCCGCGCUUCUGCACGGACUCUAACCCUACGUACCUGGGUGGCUGGAGGGGCGGCAGGCGGCCGCGUGGUUCUUCCGAGGCUGCACCCAGCCCUUCUGCAAAGCAGAGAGCAGUAGUGCAGCAGUACAUUUUGGAUCCUGUACUUUACCAGCUGGAAGGCGUUUGGCCACCGAUUACGGUGAAGACAGACAUCCGCAUCUACGGCACAGUCGUUUCCAUGGACCCGUUUCGUUUUUACAUCAGCGAGUAUGGAUACUUUCGAUCAGGAUUUCUGGAAAAGAAUUAUUCGGCUUCGAACAAUGAGGAUUUUGAGGACGCGUUAAUGCACGUGACCCAUCACAUUCCCAAGAUCGAGGCAGGCACCUACCAGUGCCCUACGGCACCCAGCUGGGGCCAUCCCAGCGGUGCAGAGCACGACGCUGGCUCAGGAGGCUCCCUGCACAAGUGGUUCAGAAUUGCGGAGGAGCAGAAUGGACUGGACCCAAAGGUGGUCUGGAAAAACAUCAAGCUUGCUCUCUCCAUAUUCUUGCUGGGCACGAGAAACAAACUGGAUUGCGCCUCUAACGCCAUCCACCAUGCCUGCGGCUCUGUAGGUUUUCACUUUUUCGCAGAUCUGGUUGUCGACCGGCGGGGCCGAGCCUACCUCAUGGAGAUCCACCCCACCUUGGCGGUGAAGUCUCCGGGCUUGGGAGAUCCCGAAGCUGGCUGGGUUGAAGUCCUCACAAGAUCAACCCGGCAGGGCACUCUGGGAUCCCUCGCCAUGAGCUUCAUCGGCUGGGCGAAUGCUCCAUAUCGUCGCUGGGUGGAAUCGGUUCUGCGUCGGCAGUUUCGCUCCAAGCAUCGCUGGCGUCUGGAACUGCAAGGUGUACAGCACCGCCUAGACCGACAGCGGUCUCGCAUGCCAGGCUGGAGUGGCGAGGCGACUUCGGUAGUUGGCCUGCUCUCCAAGGUCCUGGUGGAGGAGCACCUUGCCUGCCGGUUGGCAGUGAUGCAGGUGCUUCCGGCAUUGUGGUCCGACGUUGCGGCGGUUGUAGGCCCCAACCCAGAAGGGGGCGAUCCCUUCAAAGGUCUGCGCAGCUUCUACCGCCUCCUUGCAGCAGCCCGUCGCUGGAUUGCCGAGCGAAAGCCAGGCCGUGGGAGCGAAGCUCGCGACGAUUUCAAGUCUGAGUUGCUUGGCUUCCAAGGGCUGCUCCAGUCCCAAUUGGUGGCAAUCCAGCAGGCUCUCAGUGCUGGGGUGCGGGUGCUUGGGUUCGGAAACGUCCAAAUCGAGACACUCGGUGUGAAGCAGUUCAGUAAUCUUACGCGGCAGGUGCUGAGCAACCACGACACGGGCUAUGCCAGGACGGAGGCCUCCCGUGCAUCCUCAUCACCGCUGAGAGAGCCGCUUCUGCCCCUCAGCCCUGGGACAAGCCCCAGCAACGUGUCGAAGGCCUUGAUAGACCUCGAGCGGAGCCCUGGUGGAAAUUCCACUAACAGGCCGAUGCUGACGACUUCCGUGUCUCGGGACUCGCUCCGCAGCCAGGCUCGCCUGGGCAACUUCGGCGUUUUCUUGUCCUUAGAGAGCGGCGUCCAGAUUGUCCGUGGAGGCGGCGUCAACUCGGGCUGUAUGGUGACUCAACAGGCUUGGGGGCUAAGGAAGCCUGUGCUGACAAAGCCAAAGGAGAUCAAGUCCCUGGCGCAGCUGGGCCUUUCAUAUGGGAAAAGCGUCAUGGACAGCAUCAACAACAAGGACGUGCUGGACCCCGAGAAGCUCUACUCCAAGACUGGAUGGUGCCAGGCUGUCGCUCGGAGCCCUUACUUCAAGUCCAUGACCAUGGCCAUGGUCGUGCUGAGCACUUUUUGGAUUGCCAUUGACACCGACUAUAACCAGGGCGGGCCAGGUAUAACUUGUUUCCAAAUCGUCGACAACGUGAUUUGUGCAUACUUCUGCUUCGAGAUUUCAAUUCGCUGGCUUGCCUUCCAAGAGCCGUGCGACGCUCUGACCGACAAUUCCUUCCUCUUUGACCUCUUUCUUGCGGUCUCCAUGGCAUUUGAAACCUGGGGUUUUAUGCUUCUCUCCGAGCUCGUUGGCUGGGAGACAACGCACGGUUCUCCAGGUAUCACCCCUUCACUGCGAGCCUUGCGACUGAUACGGAUAACGCGGGCGUUCCGCAUGAGUCGCAUCUUCCGCUUCGUGCCAGAGCUUAUGAUCCUCCUCCACGGCAUGUUUCAGGCCAUACGCUCCGUCCUGACAACGUUGCUCCUCCUCGUCCUGGUCACCUACACCUUUGCAGUUGCCAUGACACAGCUGCUCCAAAACAAGAGCGUUGGAAAUGGACGAUUUGACAGCGUCCCUGAGGCAACCGUCUUCUUGUUGCUGCAGACUCUUUGCGGAUUCGAUCAGAACUUCAUGAUGCAGAUGAUGAAAGCAGACGGAUUAUCCUUUGCCUUCAUGCUGGCUUACCAACUGAUAGGCUCCCUGACGCUGAUGAACAUGCUCAUUGGCGUCAUGGUAGACGUGGUAGGGACUACUGCGCAGCUGGAACAGGAGGAGCAAAGCCUCAAGACACUGAAACGAGAUAUCGCCGAUGUCGUUCGCCUUACUGACGAGAACGAGGAUCGAACCGUGACGGCCGUGGAAUUCAACCACAUGAUUCAAAAUCCUGAAGCUGUGAAGAAGCUGUAUGAAGGUGGUGUCAACGUGCUGGCGCUGGUCGACUAUGCAGACUUCGUCUUCAGGGAUGCAACCACGCUGAGCUUGGAAGACUUCGUCGAGACCGUGCUGCAGUUUCGUGGCUGCAACCAGGCAACGGUCAAGGAUGUCGCAGAUUUGCGAGUAUUCGUCGCCAAGGAACUUGCUCGGCUGGCGGCGGAAACUGCGGCCCCGGUUCCGGCUGUUUAA